AGAGAGAGAUAUAAAUCAGCAAUGGGUAAAGCGUUUGCUCUUUUCUUUGUGCCGCUUUUCUUGAUUUCAGCCACUUCGCAUUCGCAGGCGAGUUUUGAUGUCCUACACAACAACGAAACAUCGAAAACAUGGUGCAUUGCGAAACCGUCAUCAGAAGAGAGCGUUCUUAUAGCAAAUAUCAACUACGCUUGCUCUCAAGUAGACUGCAGAAUUUUGCAGAAGGGCUGCCCUUGCUUUAUACCUAAUAAUUUGAUCAACCACGCCUCCAUUGCCAUGAAUCUCUACUAUCACUCCAAAGGCAGCAACCACUGGAAUUGCUACUUUGGCAACUCCGGCCUUCUCGUCGUCACCAACCCAAGUUAUGGAAGCUGCAUUUAUGAAUAAUGAGGGCUCGAGUAAAAUUGUAGCAAGGAACUAUUGAUUGAUGAUAAUGAAAUUCUUGGAUUACAAAUA